AUAACAAGCAAAAGUUCAAAGUCUGUCGUCACUUCCAUAAUAAUUUUUAUAUAGAAAUUCAAGGCACAUAAUCCUACUGUCAAAAUAUGCAAUGCAAAGCAAAGCAAAUCAUGGUUUAACUUCCAACGUUUUUCUUUCCUUCGGCCUGAGCUGAACUUCCAACUUGGGCUACAUAUCAAGAGAAGAAAAUCAGAGAGAGAGAGAGAGAGAGAGAUUACAGGAGAGUCUCAUAUUUCGGUCUCCUCUUAGCUAUUUUUAAUGACUGAUGCUCGAUGCUUUCGUGCACAAGACGAGGGAACAAAACAGGAAAGCAAACAAACAACCUUUGACAUCUGAAGAAGAGAAAAUAGCGGGUACACCUUUUUAGGAGGGAGCUCCGAUCAUCAAACACAGUCCCAGGUUUUGUUGUCACCCACCCAAGAAUCAAUCUGCUUGAUCCUACAUUGCCACAGAGAAGAGAAGAGAGAAAGAGAGAGAGAAUGUGGGUUGGAAAGAGUCAUGUGGAGAAGAAAGCCGCGAUGAGGAAUGGAUUGGUCGCCGUCGCCAUCGACAGCGACAAAGGCAGCCAAUACGCCAUCCGGUGGGCUGCCGAUAAUAUCCUCUCCAAAGGCCAAACCGUCAUCCUCAUCCAUGUGCACCACAACUCCGCCUCCGCUUCCUCACCACGACACCAUCGCAAUUAUGACCACCACACGAAUUCCAGUAUUGAAGGCCCGGCGCCACACAAGCAGGAGUUGCAAAAGUUAAACAAGGACCUGUUCCUCACCUUCCAUUGUUAUUGCACUCGAAAAGAUAUACAUUGCCUAGAUGUCAUACUGGAGGACCUGGAUGUGGCCAGAGCAAUUACAGAAUACGUCUCUUACGCCGGGAUAGAGCUCUUGGUUCUCGGUGCUUCGCAUCGUCAUGGAUUCAUCAGAUUAAAGCAUUCAAACAUCCCAAGCAGUGUUUCAAAAGGGGCACCAGAUUUCUGCACGGUUUAUGUUGUCUCCAAAGGAAAGGUCUCUUCCGUGCGGAAUGCUUCUCGUCCGUCUCCUUAUGCCUCCCCUCUUCUCGAACAAAUACAGAACCUUAACAAACAGACCGCCGGUUCUGAAAAACACUUGCAGAACAGUUUAAAAGUUGCAGAUCAAACUUCAAUCAAGUCUGCUCUUGCCAUGCCCAAUGAGUCCAUCAGGUCGGCAUUGGACAAAGGAAGAGGUUCAUCAGCAUAUGCAGCAGGGAUGAUGCCAGAAGUAGACACUGACAUAUCGUUCAUCAGCUCUGGAAGAUCAAGCACAGAUCAAUCAUCCUCUAUGCUCUAUGACCGAAUGGACUCCAUCUACCCCGCGCGGCUCUCCACCAGCCCAGAUAGGUCAUCCAUUCAUUCACUGCAGAGAUUUAUUGAUUUCGGUUCAUCAUAUGAAUUGUCACCGAUCUCACAAGAGAGUGGACGAACAUCGUGCUCGUUCUCAUCACAGAACCUGGAUGAUGCAGAAGUUGAAAUGAGGAGGUUAAAGUUAGAAUUGAAGCAAACAAUGGAGAUGUACAGUACAGCAUGCAAGGAGGCACUGGUGGCAAAACAGAAGGCAAUGGAACUGCAACGCUGGAGAUACGAAGAAGAGCGGAGACUGGAUGAGGCGCAACAUGCUAAGGAAAAUGCACUGUCAAUUGCAGAGAAGGAAAGAGUUAAGUACAAAGCAGCCCUUGAACAAGCAGAGUCAGCACAAAGAAUUGCAGAGCUGGAAGCACAAAGGAGACUGAAUGCAGAAAUGAAAGCCCUCAGAGAGGCAGAAGAGAUAAAGAAGGUAUUGGAUGAACUGCAGCACAGCGAUGCAAGAUACAGGCGAUACACAAUUGAAGAGAUUGAAGCUGCAACCAAUUUCUUUGCUGAGUCUCACAAGGUUGGCGAGGGAGGUUACGGCCCAGUGUUCAAGUGUUACCUAGAUCAUACACCGGUUGCAGUUAAAGUUUUACGUCCAGAUGCAGCUCAAGGAAGGUCGCAGUUUCAACAAGAGGUGGAAGUACUUAGCCGCAUAAGGCAUCCCAACAUGGUGCUUCUCUUGGGAGCCUGCCCAGAGUACGGGUGUCUAGUGUACGAGUACAUGGCCAACGGAAGCUUAGAGGAACGUCUUUUCCAGCGACGCAAGUCACCCGUUCUGUCUUGGCAAAUUAGAUUCAAAAUUGCUGCAGAGAUAGCCACAGGCCUCCUGUUCCUCCAUCAGACAAAGCCAGAGCCUCUAGUCCAUCGUGACCUCAAACCCGGCAACAUUUUGCUCGAUUACAACUAUAUCAGCAAAAUUAGCGACGUUGGAUUGGCUAGGCUGGUUCCUCCUUCAGUUGCUGAAACUGUAACACAGUACCGAAUGACAUCGACCGCAGGCACUUUCUGCUACAUCGAUCCGGAGUAUCAGCAAACAGGGAUGCUAGGCGUGAAAUCUGACGUAUAUUCUUUCGGAAUCGUGCUUCUGCAACUAAUCACGGCAAAAUCACCGAUGGGCAUCACUCACCACAUCAGCAAGUCCAUAGAGAAAGGAAACUUCUCAGAGAUGCUAGACCCCGAAGUACCUGACUGGCCCGUUGAGGAGGCCUUGUCCCUCGCACAGAUAGCUCUCCAAUGUGCUGAGAUGAGACGGAAGGACCGGCCGGAUCUCGGCAAGGUUGUUUUGCCAGAGCUCAACAAGUUGAGAGAUUUUGCUGAAGAGAACUUGCAGCACUGCUCGAUAUUGGGUGGCAGUGCACUGCCAUCCCCUCAUCACUCUCACAUUUCCACAGCUCAGGUAAGCCAAAGUCUCUUCACUAACAUCUGGAACUUGGAAUAUAAACCCCUUUUCAGUCUUCACUCAAAUCAUCCUGUUAAUCUAACAAAGAAACAGUUGAUCAGCUACAGCUAUAAGUAUCAGAAUUAUGUGAUCGUGAAUCGAGACGGAGUCAUAAGUUUUUGUUGGAUGUUCGUGGUGCAGGAGGUGAUGAGCGACCCGCUAGUAGUACAGUCGGGGAGCUCAAGGAGCUACUCCAGCACUUCAGCCAAAACAACCACCUGAUUCGAGAAAUGCAAGUAAUCUAUUCGCUUUGCGGUUUAUUAGCACAGGCGGAGCCAGACCAGUUUACUACAUUGCCUUGUUGCAGUAGGUGUGCACAUCCACAAGUCCAUAUUUUAGAAGAAUCAACUUUGGGGAACGCAAAAUGUUGAAUUUAGGACAUGAGAAAAUUAGGAGUUAGGAAGUCGGCGAACUUAAGAAAAAAUUCCAAUUUUGGUCCAGCAAUUUCCACCGUACAAAUGACUGACAAACUAAUAUACAGAACUGUGAUUGUUCCUGA